AUGAUCCCCCUCAUCCCCGUCGCUCUCCUCAUCCUCACCUCCUACAUCAUAUACCACCAUGUUAUAAACCCCUACUUCCUCUCUCCACUAUCUUCUAUCCCCAAUGGUCAUUUCACCUCCCCACUAUCCGGCCGCUGGAUUGACCGCAAGCGCAGCACAGGGACGGAAGUCCUCACCAUCUACGCCCUGCACCAAAAGCACGGCCCUAUAGUUCGUCUCGGCCCGAAGGAGCUGAGCGUCAAUUCUCUCCACGGUUUAAGAGUAAUAUACACGGGCGCGUUUGAAAAACACGGCUUCUACAAUGAUGUCUUUGUCAAUUUUAACACUGAAAACUUGGUCGGCAUGACGCACAAUGCGCCACACGCGCACCAGAAGCGCAUGCUGAGCAAGACCUACUCCAAGUCAUUCCUCCAGGAAUCUAGCGAUCUGCGGGUGAUCUCAAAGGUCGUGCUGUGGGAGAGACUCAUGCCUAUUCUCAAGUCUGCUGGGGAGGGCGGAGAGGUGUUGAAUGUGCUGCCGCUGUUUCAGGCGGUUGGGAUGGACUUUACCUCCUCUUUCCUGUUUGGGUUGAGAGAAGGAACGAGAUAUUUGUUUAAUAUUCCCGAGUGGAAGAUAUGGUUGGAGGAGUAUGAGCGGUUCAAGUAUUUGAGUCGUGAUGACCGGUAUAUGGGUUUCAUUGAGGCGUGGUGCCUGGGUUUCUGUGACCGGAUAGAGGCGUCGAAAAUACAGAAGAUCCUUAGUGUUGAGAAGCUGCCAGCCACAAACCCAGUCGUCUAUAACCAGCUGCACCAGAGCCUCCUAGCUCAGAAAGAUCACGAUCCGCGUCCCCUAAACCUGGCAAUCGCGUCUGAACUGCUUGACCACCUAGUUGCAGGUCACGAAACGUCAGGUAUCACCUUCACGUACAUGAUGUGGGAACUGUCGCAGCACCCGGAGCUUCAGGCGGAGCUGCGCAAGGAACUACUCACCUUGUCUCCGUCUCUUCGAUACCCAGACACAGACGGAGAGAACCCGCUACCCUCUCCUUCCGUGAUCGACGCCCUCCCCCUGUUGGACGCUAUGGUCCGUGAGACCCUCCGUGUUCACUCCCCAGCUCCAGCUCAACUCCCCCGUGUCACCCCCACCACAGAAAAGGGAACUUCCCUGCACGGGUACGACAACAUCCCGGGCGGCGUCAGGGUCAGUUCAACAUCCUACUCCCUCCACCGCAUCAGCGAUGUCUACCCGCGCCCACUGGAAUGGCUGCCACGACGAUGGCUCGACCCAGGCGACAGGAUCCACGACAUGAGGCGGUUGUUCUGGCCAUUCGGGAGUGGUGGACGCAUGUGUCUGGGGAGUAAUUUCGCAUUGCAAGAAAUAAAAUUGGUCAUGGCGGCUGUGUAUUCAAAUUACACGACCUCGAUCGUGAAUGACGAGGGGAUCGAACAGGACUACGCGUUUAUUUCGCUGCCACGCGGGCGGAAGCUGAUGCUGAAGUUCAUUCCGGUCAAUGAAUGA